AAGAGUUGUUGUUCUUUCAGCCUCGUGGAGCCACGCUCCGAGCAUCAUCACCGCCAUGCCGCGAGGAUUCCUGGUGAAGAGAAGCCGGCGAUGCCCGGCGUCAUACCGGUCACGAAGUGCCAGUAACAACAGACCUGUUACAGGUCAGCGUUACAGCGUUACACAUGACGCUCACAGGAACAAGAGCGGCGGCCAUGAAGCGACAGAACCGGGGGCGGCGAAUGAGAAAGAGGUGUCCAGUGCCUUUCCGUUUGAACAGUCAGUCAGACAAUCCCCGGUGUCCCGCGCAGACUCCGCCGGUGUCAGAGAGGCGUGGAGCCCGCACGUGGAGUCCGCGCUGGAAGCGGAAGCGGACCGGCGCGCACAGUUACCAGAAACUGAGGAGCGGGUGAGCGAAGUGGACGUUUUGACUCCCGAUGGUGAUUACUCCUGCUUUAUUCCACCUCCUCCACCUCCACGCGACUUGACAUUAACAGAGGCUUGCAGCCCCGUUAAACCGGUCGGCACCAGAGUACCUGAGCAGCAGGAAGACAGAGAGAAGCAACCGCUGUUCCCAAGCAGGUGCCCAGCAUCAUCUCCGCUCCCGGAGUUACCUGAACUGCCGUUCCUGGUGACCACCACGCCGGCCUCAGUGUCAGCUUCCAUCGAGAGGCUCCUCGCCAACAGCACCCACCACCACGCGCAGUCCUACGGGCACAAUGACAAAUAUGACCCGAGUAUGACUAGUAUGCACUUGUUCCCUCCACUGACACCGAUGAACCAGGAGCAGCAUCACGCAGCGCGAAAAAGCUUAUUUCUUGAACCGGAUCAGCGCAUGAACAGUAACAAGCACUACAAACCAUCAGCGGGAAACACCUUAAAGAAACCCAAAGUGAACCGGAAACUUAACUUCGAGGACGAGGUCACGACCUCGCCGGUUUUGGGUCUGCGGAUCAAGAAAGAGAGUCCCGAGCUGAGAAGACAGCGGGAGAAGUCAUGUGCACCUACUGGGAACCAGCCGCUGGGGGAGUUCAUUUGCCAACUUUGUAAGGAGGAGUACCCCGAUCCUUUCUCCCUCGCACAGCACAAGUGCUCCCGCAUAGUGCGCGUGGAGUACCGGUGUCCCGAGUGCGACAAAGUCUUCAGCUGUCCCGCGAACUUGGCCUCUCAUCGCCGUUGGCACAAACCGCGUCCAGUAAACAACCAAAGAGGAGAGACAAACAAGAGUCAGGCGUUAAAAGAGGCAGGAGGGCUCGUUCAGCACGAGAGACAGCCAAUGGAGAUGGAGGGCAAAGAGAACGAGCUCCUGCGCGUCAACUCCAAGCAGCACCACGGAGCGCUGGACAGCUCCCACAUCAGGCGCGAGCCGUCCGCACUGAUGCUCCACGGUCCGUCCCAGGACAGCCCAGACAGCGACAGCCUCGCGCCUCCUCACUAUAACCCUCAUUACCGGAACCCAGCGGAGAGCUGUCUGGACCUGCAGCAACAGGUGAGAGCUGCGGACAGCCCGCUGUCAAAGCUUCUUCUAGUAAACAGUAACCCAGACGAGCGCGCCGACCUGCCGCAGCAGCAACCACCCCCAUCUCUUCCGCAUCCACCUUUGUCGUUCCUCCAGUCCCUCCCGGAGGAGGAAGUGUACGAGUGCCGGCACUGCGGGAAGCAAUUCCGGCGACAGGCUUACCUGAAGAAACACCUGGCCGCGCACGAGAUGCCAGCACGAGCGUCUCCGCCCCCAUCAUCUUAUGGCCAGGCGCGCGAGACCAGUGGCGGUCAGAGCCAGGUGUUUCUAUGUCACCUGUGCGGUGCACGCUUCCCGUCGAUCGAAAUCAGGGACAAGCACCGUCUAUGGCACGCGAUGAGGGACGAGUUACUGGCUGGAACUCUGGGUGCGGGACUCAGACCAGACAUGUAUCAGGCGCACAGAGAAGAGAACGGAACCGGGGAAUGCGACCAGCAGAUCUUCACCUGCAAGCACUGCCCGUCCACAUUCUUCAGCUCCCCGGGGCUCACGAGACACAUCAACAAGACUCAUCCCACCGAGAACCGCCAGCUGAUGCUGCUGCAGAUGACGGUGCGACCGUAACAGGCGUCCCAGACACGGACACAGGAGCCAUCAGAUUAUAUGAAGAAAUGACAAGUGACUAUCAGUCGGGGAAACUAUGAACUGCUAACUAGUAGCCUGGCUGUUUUCAUUCACACUGCAGAAUAAGUUCUGUUGUAAAUUUGGACUGAAGCCUGUUCAUGUCAGCUGUGGUCAGAAAGCAAGAAGUUUACACUAUGUGUUACAACUAUGUGUUACAACUAUGUGUUACAAGGCUACGGCUGAGUCACUGUAUUGACAUACGGACUCUUGAAUGAAGCAGACGUUGUCCCCGGAAGUGAAAGCGACAUGAUUCUCUCUCUCUCACACAAAGUGAACAAACCAGAACUGUCCAUGGUACUGAAAGCUAAAACACUGAGCGUCUCCACUCACUCCAACGUCUCUAAACCAGGUUUCUGUUCCACCAUGAGUGAAGCUAUGAUUCUCUUCUAACAGAAACGGGACUUGUUUUUAUUCAUUGAACAGGUAACAGACCUAAGAUAUCCCAGAAACGAUCUAACAAUAGGAUUAUUAUAGACACUUUAAACUGGAAGCAAAGUGACCCUUACUCAGACGUUGUUUUUGUUGAAACAUAUAUAAAUUUGUACUUACAAUGCAUAGUUAUACAAUUGCUUGAUAUUUCUGUUCUCAUAUAGAGAAUAUAUAUUGUAAUGUAUAUCACAUCUUCUCUUAAAACAUCCAUGCUGUAAAUGACUUGAUAUUGAAACCCAGUAACUCACCUGUGACAGUAAAACCUAAGAGAAUGAAGCUGGACAGAAAGGAACAUUUUUGAUUAUUAAUUUUACAUUUACUGAAGCAAAGAAUGAGAAUUGUCUUUAAAUAUGGUCAACAUUUAAACUCAUAAUGAUCCUAUUUUUGUGGUAAUCCAUUGGCACUGAUGUGGGUUACAGCACUGAUUCAUGUUUUAUCUGAGGCAGACCAGACCGAUAACCACGUUUAGGAAGUGACCUUCUUUAACUUGAACGCUGGAGACAGAACCCACGUCAUAGCUCUGUUUAAAAGACAGUCAUGUACAGUGAACAAUAUAUAAAACAAGAAGAAAACAGUAAAAUGCCUUUUAUAGUAAAUGUACUAGUUAACUUAGCUAUAAAAUAUUUUCAUACAGAAAUGGAACAUUUAAUGUUAGUACCAUGAGUAAAGUGUCUUUUGUCUUUAUUGGUUAUAAAUCA